AUUCAAUAGAUUGCAAUUCCUUUUCUAUUUCCUUGAUUUCUCUCCAUUGUCAUUGUCUCGUUUGACCUUUUAUAUCAAAAACACCAAAAACUCCCCUCUUCCCCCCCCCCCAAAAAAACCCUCAACCCGUCCGCCCUAGUCCCGAGGUUGACGGUUCUUUUGAACCCGGAAAAUUCUCCGCGAUGCUUCGCUCAACAGCUGUAAAGGCCACCAGCAGUGGUAUGCUGCGCGGUGCUGCCUGUUCUGCCUGUAAACGAUCUCUGUCUCUUGCCUCGACCGUCAGACAUGCCUCUUCUAGCUCCAGCUCGAGGUUCGGCCUGAGCGCCAGACGCCCCCUCGCUAUUGUGAACAGCAAGAGGCAUUAUGCCGUGUCCGCGCCUGAGACUGGCGUGGAUGCCAGCGACUCCUUCCUGCAGGGAAACACGGCCAACUAUGUCGACGAGAUGUACCUCGCGUGGAGGAAAGACCCCUCGAGUGUCCACAUCUCGUGGCAGACCUACUUCCGCAACAUGGAGGAGGGUAAAAUGCCCAUCUCCCAGGCCUUCCAGGCCCCCCCAACCCUCGUCCCGACUCCUACCGGUGGCGUUCCCCAAGAGAUGCCCGGCGCUGGUCUGGGGUUCUCGGCCGGCACCGACGUGACAAAACACUUGAAGGUCCAGUUGCUCGUUCGCGCAUACCAGGCCCGUGGUCACCACAAGGCCAAGAUUGACCCCCUGGGGAUCCGUGGCGAAGCCGAGGCCUUUGGCUAUAACAAGCCCAAGGAGCUCGAGCUCGACCACUACGGUUUCACUGAGCGCGAUCUGGAUGAGGAAUUCGACCUCGGCCCUGGUAUUCUCCCCCGGUUCGCCACCGAGAGCCGCAAGAAGAUGACCCUCCGCGAUAUUAUUGCCGCCUGCGAGAAGAUCUACUGUGGCUCUUACGGAGUUGAGUAUAUCCACAUCCCCGAUCGCAAGCCCUGCGACUGGAUCCGGGAUCGCUUUGAGGUCCCCGAGCCCUACAAGUACUCGGUGGAUGACAAGCGCCGCAUCCUCGACCGUCUGAUCUGGAGUUCCAGCUUUGAGAGCUUCCUCUCCACCAAGUUCCCCAAUGACAAGCGUUUCGGCCUGGAGGGAUGCGAGUCCCUCGUGCCCGGUAUGAAGGCUCUGAUCGACCGCAGCGUCGAAUACGGUAUCAAGGACAUCGUCAUUGGUAUGCCUCACCGUGGUCGUCUGAAUGUCCUUUCCAACGUCGUGCGCAAGCCCAACGAGUCCAUCUUCAGCGAGUUUUCGGGUACCGCUGAGCCCUCCGACGAAGGCUCCGGUGAUGUCAAGUACCAUCUUGGUAUGAACUUUGAGCGGCCCACCCCCUCUGGCAAGCGCGUGCAGCUUUCUCUGGUCGCCAAUCCCUCCCAUCUGGAAGCCGAAGACCCCGUCGUGCUCGGAAAGACCCGUGCCAUCCAGCACUACAACAAUGAUGAGAAGAACUUCGACUCUGCGAUGGGUGUUCUCCUCCACGGUGAUGCCGCCUUUGCCGCUCAGGGUGUCGUGUAUGAGACGAUGGGCUUCCAUUCCCUGCCUGCCUACUCAACCGGAGGUACUAUCCACAUUGUUGUGAACAACCAGAUCGGUUUUACCACUGAUCCACGCUUUGCCCGCUCCACCCCUUACUGCUCCGAUAUUGCCAAGUCGAUCGACGCCCCUGUCUUCCACGUGAACGGCGACGACGUGGAGGCUGUCAACUAUGUUUGCCAGGUCGCGGCUGACUGGCGUGCUGAGUUCAAGAGCGAUGUUGUCAUUGACAUCGUCUGCUACCGUAAGCAGGGUCACAACGAGACGGACCAGCCCUCUUUCACCCAGCCCUUGAUGUACAAGCGCAUUGCCGAGCAGAAGAACCAGCUCGACAAGUACGUGGAGAAGCUGAUUGCUGAGGGUACCUUCACCAAGGAGGACAUCGAUGAGCACAAGAAGUGGGUCUGGGGUAUGCUGAACGACAGCUUCGAUCGCAGCAAGGACUACCAGCCCACGGGCAAGGAAUGGCUGACCUCCGCCUGGAAUGGCUUCAAGACCCCCAAGGAGCUGGCCACUGAGGUCCUUCCUCAUCUCCCCACCGCUGUUGAGUCUCCCAUCCUGAAGCAUGUCGCCGACAAAAUCAGCGGUGCUCCUGAAGGCUUCCACCUGCACCGCAACCUCAAGCGUAUUCUCGCCAACCGCAAGAAGACUGUGGAGGAGGGUCAGAACAUCGACUGGGCUACUGCCGAAGCUCUCGCCUUCGGUUCCCUCGUCGGCGAAGGCUACCAUGUCCGUGUCUCCGGUCAGGAUGUGGAGCGUGGUACCUUCUCUCAGCGUCACGCUGUCCUACACGAUCAAGAGAACGAGGGUACCUACACCCCUCUCCAGCAUAUCAGCGAGGGUCAGGGCAGCUUCGCCAUCUCUAACUCAUCCCUCAGUGAAUUCGGAGCGCUUGGUUUCGAAUACGGUUACUCCUUGACCUCUCCCAACGCCCUCGUCAUGUGGGAGGCUCAGUUCGGUGACUUUGCCAACAACGCUCAGUGUAUCAUCGACCAGUUCGUGGCUUCUGGAGAAUCGAAAUGGCUGCAGCGUUCUGGCCUCGUCCUGUCCCUCCCCCAUGGUUACGAUGGUCAGGGUCCCGAGCACUCCUCCGGCCGUAUGGAGCGUUACCUCCAGCUCUGUAACGAGGAGCCUCGUGUUUUCCCCUCCCCCGACAAGCUCGACCGCCAGCACCAGGACUGCAAUAUGCAGAUUGCCUACAUGACCAGCCCCUCUAACUUGUUUCAUCUUCUGCGUCGCCAGAUUCAUCGUCAAUUCCGCAAACCCCUGGUGAUCUUUUUCUCCAAGUCUCUCCUUCGUCACCCGAUUGCCCGCUCUCCGCUGGAUGAGUUCACUGGUGACUCUCACUUCCAGUGGAUCAUCCCUGACUCGGCCCACGGAACCGCCAUUGAUGAGCCCGAGAAGAUCGAGCGUGUUAUCCUCUGUUCCGGCCAGGUGUACGCUGCCCUCUUGAAGCACCGUGAGACUAACAACAUCCGCAACACUGCCAUCACCCGUGUUGAGCAGCUGCAUCCCUUCCCUUGGGCUCAGCUCAAGGAGAACUUGGACAGCUACCCCAACGCCCGCAACAUUGUGUGGGCCCAGGAGGAGCCUCUGAACGCUGGUUCUUGGAGCUACACCCAGCCUCGUAUCGAGACCUUGCUGAACCAGACCGUGCACCACAACCGUCGCCACGUUCUCUACGCUGGUCGUGCGCCAAGUGCGUCCGUGGCCACCGGUCUUAAAUCUGUCCACCUGAAGGAAGAGCAGGAGCUUCUCCAUGACGCUUUCACCGUCCAUCAGGAGCGCCUGAAGGGCGAGUAGAUUACGUCUCAAGAGUGGUGUUUGGCUUUUCAAGUGCUUUGUUUCUCAAAGGAGCGGGCUUAGCGUCUACUCGAUUUGGCCUUCCAUUGUAUGAUCUGAUUUCCUUGUUCGUUUCUUUAAUUGUUUUUUUUUUUUUUUUUUUUCCUUUUUUCUUUUU